AUGCGUUAUCUUGCAAUGCCCCACUUACUGCAUACCGUCUAUCUCAAAUGUACCGACGACCAAAUUAUCAGCUUUUGCAGCUUCAUCAUUGUCAAUGCAUCGAAAUUUAAUGCAGAGUCUCACCCCGAGUCUUUUGGCCCAGGGAAGUACAUUCGGAAUCUUGAGCUACUUAAUCGAACAAGGGGCUACUGUGAAUAUGUAACCGACAGCGAAUACUCCGAGAGGAAUCCAAGUGCAGCCUGGACACAGCUGCUCACGCAGGCUUUGGGUUUUAUGCCCAACCUCCUUACAUUUCUCAGUCUGGCCUACGACAUCGAUGACUUUAUUAAACCGUCUCCACAAUUUGCGCAAGCUUUGCUGAGUCUCCCGCGUCUAGAAAUUCUUACGCUUAAAGGCAUAGGCCCGGAAACAUCAAAGGCUAUAGCGGGGGGGAUAGACAUGAUGGGCGACAGUAUCAAUUUAAAAUUAAAGCAACUUAUUCUCUUUGGCAAACAAGAGUGGGUUUCGGACAUUUUGGUUGUGGCCGGGGAUGGUGUGAAGCGUCUGUUAUACCUAUCCAGAGUCCAUUUAAUCUCAUUGGAACUGGCGUUCUUCUCUUUUAUGAAUGUCGACGGUGGCUGGGCAAACACGGCGGAAGUCACAUUUCCUAAUGUCGUCUUCGCUGCAAUACACGGUGAUGGAAUGCCAAUAAAACCGAUGGCAAGUGCAUUUCCAGCGGUACGCUUUCUUGAUAUCCAAACAGACGUCUCGUGCCUUCGGCAUAAUAUCAGACCUUCUUCCGCCAACAUCUUGUUCCCAUCCCUUACGUCUAUUUCGGGCUCUUAUAGCGAAAUCUACCAUAUUCUAAAGCACAAUUUAGCUAGGAGCCGCGUACUUCGCGUCGUCAUUGGCGAUGACUGGAGUAAAGACAGGGUUUCCGCUGAGGCACAACCAUUACGGAUAUCAAUGAUUGCACCCCACUUAAAGUGCAUUGUUUUCAGGCAGAGAUUUAUCAGGCCAUUAUCAUGGUGGAAGGAGUUUGGAUCCUCCCUUCCUAACAUGAUUUAUAUGAGCGUUAACCUUCAAAUCAGAUCCGAAGCCAAGUGGAACUUACUUUGUAAAGAUAUACCAGGUGCUCUCGGAGCAAUGCAACUCCGGUGCCUGACAGUCGUUGCCUACAAGUAUGACCGCAAAUACUGUGGCACUAACUCCAUUUACACGGAAGAAGAUGCGUUUGCGCUUUCGUAUGGAAAGAGCAUUCCCACUCUGGAAUAUUUUGAGUUCAAGAUUCCUGGGUUCAUAAGGGGAACAUCUUGGAUAAAGUUUAUUCGCAAGGGUGACGAGACAUUACUACAGAAAUUAUCUCUCACAUGGAAUGAAGAGGUUGCGCUCAGAAACUCGUAUGACUACCAGGGCACCUACGAUACAGAGAAAUCAUAA